GGUUCAUGGGUACUCAACGGGGGCAUCACAGGUAGCUAUACUCCGGGCACGCCAUGGGGCGGUUCAAGUAAGGGUAGUCUAGGCAUGUAGUAGGGCAGUUCAUGACCCGGGUGGUCUGUGCGCACAACAGGGACAGCUCAGGACAUGGGUAGUCAGUGCACACAGCAGGGACAGUUCAAAACACGGGUAGUCUGUGCACACAGCAGGGACAGUUCAAAACAUGGGUGGUCGGUGCACACAGCAGGGACAGUUCAAAACACGGGUGGUCGGUGCACAGCAGGGACAGUUCAGAACACGGGUGGUCGGUGCACACAGCAGGGACAG